AUGGCAUUUCUAAAGCAGAAGUAUCAGAUUAAGAAUCAGCUUUCACAAGCAUGUUUUGAACUUAAGUUAGUCCUGAAACUCAGGGUUAUUCUGUUUGAAACCCUAGUUCCUUUAUCCUUUGCAAUUCUUAUCCAAUGA